AUGGUUAAUUACGUGUUAGAUAGUACAAGAUGUUUAACUGGAAUUCAGUGUCAUCACAAAGGGUCAACAUCUGGGACAUGUUCUAGGAAUGGUGCAUGUUCCUGUAAAUCUUAUUACGGUGGAAGGCGUUGUCAAGAUUUUAAACCUACGGACUGCUCUGUAUUGGAUAAAACUCAUUAUGGAGAUGGUGUUUACACAAUCUACCCAAAUGGUGGUGCCAGCUUUAAGGUUUAUUGCGAUAUGAAAACAGACGGAGGCGGUUGGACGGUUUUCCAACGCCGAGUAGACGGAGCUGUUGAUUUUUACCGUAAAUGGUCUGAAUAUGAGGGUGGCUUUGGUGAUGUAAAGCAUGAGUUUUGGUUAGGAAAUGCAAAUCUUCACAGACUGACUUCGAUGGGGAAUACAGAAUUAAGAAUAGAUGUUAUAAACUUUAAUAGAAAACGGGGAUAUGCUAAAUAUAGUAGCUUUUUGGUGAAAAACGCAUACCAACAGUACAGACUGAGAGUCAGUGGCUACAGUGGAAAUGCUGGUGAUAGUUUAACUUAUCAUAAUGGAUGGAGGUUCAGUACUAGAGACAGGGACUACGAUGGUCUUCACAUUAACUGUGCUGCAAAAUAUAAAGCGGGAUGGUGGUAUAAUGAAUGUUUGUGGUCCAACCUUAACGGUAUUUUCAAUAUUCGCGGUGAAAAUGGCGUGAGUUGGUAUCAUUUGGACAACCAAUAUGGCACGAUUUGGAGAUCAAAGAUGAUGCUUCGCAGAAAGUGAUUUUUAAAAAUUAAAACAACUACAACAAUUAAAAUAAUAAGACUCUUUCAUUUUUAACAAUCGGAUUUCUCAGAAAAGUUUUAGCACAUCUAAAACUGAAUUCCUAUAAGACUAUUUCAAGCAUUUUAUCCGUAGAUCAAAAUAUAUUCUGAUUCAUGAUAAAAGGGAAUAUGAUCACGAGAAAAAUUGUGACACA